AUGUGAUACUGAUAUGUAUGUAUGCAUGUCUAUGUGUGCGCGCGCACGCAUCCCAUUACCUACACAUACAAAGUCAGUAAUAAACCAGCUGUGCCUCGGUACGAUUGCGUUUCAUUGCUCCCCACUCUACCCACAUAUAUCUCAGUGGCGACGAGUCGUGUCUUACCCGCGCGUAACAAAAAAGUGACAUGGAGCAUUUUUUCGGAAAUUUGUCUGUUUUCGACCAUAAUUCCCAGGAAUGGGAGAUUUUUCAUAGUCGACUGUUGCAGUUUGUCAAAUUAAAUCAAGUGGGGGAAGACAAAAAGGGCGCGUUACUCUUAACGCAUUUGUCAGAUGAAACAUACCGAUUGGCAAGGAACCUUGUUCAUCCUAAGAAGAUUGAGGAAGUCAAGUUCGACGAGUUGGUGAAGGUACUCGAUCAACAUUUUACUCCGAAGCGCUGUACUUUCGCAGACCGUGCGAAAUUUUACGCGGCUACGCGGGAUAUUGGCGAAAGUAUCGAGCAAUGGGCGGCUCGAGUUCGAGGACUUGCGGUGCAUUGCGAGUUUGGGAGCGCGCUCGAUAUGAUAUUGAGGGACAGGCUCGUGCUGGGGUUCAGGGCAGGACCGGAGCGUGACAAGCUUUUCGAACAGGAUGCUGCAACACUCACGUUCGCGAAAGCCGUAGAAGUGGCUCAGCAGGCGGAAUGUGCAAGGAAGGUGAAGGCCUUACCUACCGUGACCGUUAAGGAAGAGCCACUGUACAAGGCGAGCAUGGGCCGGGCGGGCCAAGCGGCCAGCCGAGACCAGCCUAUGCGUCGGUGUAGUGUGUGCGGUUUGAAAGGGCAUGAGGCUGAUAAGUGUCGUUUUAAAAAUUAUCGUUGCCAAAAAUGUCACAAUAAAGGUCACUUGAAAAAGGUGUGUAGUGCGCGUGUGAACAACAUUUCUGUUGAAGAUGUAACUCCAGACGACCAGGAUUGCAGUGACUGUCAGGAAUGUAAAGUCUUUAGUUUAAGAUUCCCAAAUUAAGUCGGGAGGAGUUGAUAUGUAUGUAUGCAUGUCUAUGUGUGCGCGCGCACGCAUCCCAUUACCUACACAUACAAAGUCAGUAAUAAACCAGCUGUGCCUCGGUACGAUUGCGUUUCAUUGCUCCCCACUCUACCCACAUAUAUCUCAG